GGGAAUCAUGUCUAAACUCCAAAUUCAAUAAAUCAUAUAUUAUAUGACUCGACAUACACGUGGAGGCACGCCAGGGCAUAGGACUCUUUGUCCCAGGGCUUUUACUUCUUUGCCUGAAAAUGCUUUUAGAUGGAUGUUUACAAGCAACUGUAAAGAGGUGAAGAUUCUUCAUUAGUUCACUGGAACAGACAGACAUUGUAGAUGGAGAUAAUGGCUCUGCCAUUGCAGCAAAACAUUUCCAUUAGCAUUAAUUUCAGAUCUCCCUAUCCCUGUGCAAAAUCCGCAUACCCAACUUUCUCUUUUACAAACGAAAACACAAAAAUUAGGAAACUGCAAAAUCCAAAACAGACUUGGGUAAACCGUAAAACCCACAUCAGUCUUCCAAAAUCACGCCAAAACCAGCUGGUUUUCAAUCAAAGAAGCCCUCCCAAAACCAAGCUUGAAGCUCUUGAAACUGUCAUCACUAAAUUAGAGUCUACAGUAAAUAAUGGCACUGAGGUUAACGACCCACAAAUCUUCGCUUCCCUUUUAGAAACAUGCUUUAAUUUACAGGCUAUUGAUCAUGGUAUCCGUGUUCAUCGGCUCAUCCCCGAGAAACUUUUACGUAAAAACGUUGGCAUUUCAUCCAAACUGAUAAGGCUUUAUGCGUGUAGUGGACAAACCCAGAAGGCACAUGAACUGUUUGAUAAAAUGCCAAAGAGAAAUGCCUCAGCAUUUCCUUGGAAUUCGAUUAUAUCUGGCUAUGCUGAGAAUGGCUUGUUUGAAGAUGCGCUGGCAAUUUAUUUUCAGAUGGUGGAGGAGGGUGUGGAGCCUGAUUGUUACACUUUCCCACGUGCGUUGAAGGCAUGUGGAGGAGUUGGGUUGAUUCAUGUAGGAGAGGAAGUUCAUCGGCAUGUGAUUCGUCGUGGGUUGGAAAGUAAUGGGUUUAUUUUAAACGCGCUUGUUGAUAUGUACGCCAAAUGUGGUGAUAUCGUUAAGGCUCGGAAACUCUUUGAUCAAAUUGGGACAAAAGAUUUGGUUUCUUGGAAUUCAAUGCUCAUCGGAUACAUUAGGCAUGAGCUUAUUAGUGAGGCGUUCAACUUGUUUCGUCUUAUGAUACGUGAUGGAAUAUUACCUGACUCUGUCUCUAUAUCAGCAUUACUUGUGGCCAGAUUACCUUUCUCAAUUGGUAAACAAAUUCAUGGAUGGGUUCUUCGUCGAGGGACUAAUCAAGAAUUGUCUGUUGUUAACUCUUUGGUUGACUUCUAUUCGGACCAAAAAAAGUUGAAGCAAGUGCGAUGGUUAUUUGAACAUAUGCACGAACGAGAUGUGGUAUCAUGGAAUUCGGUCAUUUCAGCUCACUCUAAGCACCCUGAAGCUCUAUCGUACUUUGAGAAGAUGGUGAAAUUUGGUGCCGCACCAGAUGGAGUUACAUUUGUGUCAUUGCUGUCGACUUGUGCUCAUUUAGGGAAACUAGAGGAUGGGGAGAGGUUGUUUAGAAUAAUGAAAGAGAGGUAUGAUAUUAGUCCAAGGAUGGAACAUUAUAGUUGUAUGGUGAAUCUAUAUGGAAGGAUAGGAUUGAUAGACAAAGCUUUUGAUUUAGUAAUGAAGAGAAUGGAAUUUGAAGCUGGACCAACCAUUUGGGGUGCACUGUUAUAUGCUUGCUACAGACAUAGCAAUGUUAAAAUAGGAGAGAUAGCUGCGGAACGUCUGUUCGAGUUGGAACCAGAUAAUGAGCAUAAUUUUGAACUUUUGAUGAAGAUUUACAACAAUGCUGGUCUACUAGAGGAUGUAAAGAGAAUAAAGCUAAUGAUGGUAGAACGAGGAUUAGAUACUUCGAUACCAUACAAAAGAUGUUAAAGUUUCUUGAAAUGACAUUUUGCCAAUGAUUUUUCAGUAAGGAAAGUGGAAAUAAGUUUUUCAAGUAAAUUGAUAUUUUGGGAUGGUAAAAUUUAGUGAUAUGUGGAGGAAUGCAAACUUCAGGGGAAUGAUUUAUGUGUGCUGACUGCAGAGUGUGUGGAUCAUAUCUAAUUUCCCAUGAUCCCUUGAAAUUAAGGAGAAAACUGCUUGAAGAGCUGUACGAUCUUAUUUUAUUGUUUUUUUUUUUUAAUAACCAUGGUGUCGGGAAGAGCUGUAUGAUAUUUUAGUGAGUUUCACAGAAACGCAACCAAAAAAUUUCCAGUUUUACUUAGACUAUGAAAAUAGCCAUCAUCCCAAUUGCUGAUGUGAUCUGUGAAGAUACUUAGGGGUCGGUAGGAUGUACAAGAAUAAUGUUGAAUAAGGUGUAUUAGUAAUGCAGUGAUUAGUAAUGCAUGUGUUAGUAAUGCAAGCAUUAGCUAUGCAUAGAUU